CCUACAAAAAGACGCCAUUACUAUAUUGGAAACGACAGGCUGUGAUGGGUCUUGGGUUAGUUCUAAAAAAAAUCGGUACAUGGCUUCCAUCUUUGAGGACAUAUAGAGCGGUCACUCGACUAUCUUGUCAAAAUAAUAGAUAAUCUUUGUUUUAUGGAUGGGUGGACUAGCUGCGCUACAAUAUUUACGGGUGAAACUGACAGAAUCGCCGCUGCUGUUUUUUUAAAGGCAUAGAGCAGCAAACCGAGAUGAAAGGGCAGCAGAAGAGCCCGGAUGACGACGGUGACGUGCCCAUAAUCGAUGAAGGUGAGCGCCAUUGAGAGUAUUCUAUGAUUUAUCAUAAUGGUGCUGUUGCCACGGCCGACGACCCAACUGCCAUCACCACCAUCCAGUCUGCAGCCACCUUCUCGUCUGAUCAACCAAUCAAGUACCUGUUCAAGACCGAAGGAGGCGGGUUGCCGGUAGGGGAGUUGUACCCUCCCUCAGGGCAGGUGACGUACCGGGUGAUCCAGGUGUCUGAUGGACAGGUGGACGGACAGACAGACGGCGCCUCUGCUGUUAGCGUGGUGACGGGCUUCCCCGCAACGACACAGACUGUCACACAGGCGGUGUUUUCCCAGUCUGAGGGACUGGAGGGGGAAGCCUCAGAGACUCACUACUACUACCCUGUCACUGAUGCCACACAGAGUACCAUGGUUGAGAAUGUACAAGCGCCAGAAACACUGCUCACUCAGAGCACACCCACUGGUCAGCUAUAUGUGAUGAUGUCCCCACAGGACGUGUUGGGCGGAACAAACCAGAGCAAGUCAGAGCCUCCUCGUACAUCUAGAGAUGACAAGAGACGAGCCCAACACAAUGAAGUUGAGCGCCGACGCAGAGAUAAGAUAAACAACUGGAUCGUCCAGCUGUCCAAAACCAUCCCAGACUGCACCCUGGAUGCGACGAAGAAUGGGCAGGUGAGUUCCCAGAGUAAAGGAGGGAUCCUGUCCAAGGCUUGUGAUUACAUCCAGGAGCUGCGUCAGAGCAAUGCCAGACUGGGGGAGGACCUGGAGAAUCUGGAGAGACUACGCAUGGACAACCAGUUGCUCAGACAAGAGGUUGAUGAUUGGAAAACCAAGAACCAGAUGAUGAGAAGCCAACUGAGACAGAACGGCAUUGUGGGAGCAGCAGGUGUAGAUCCACAGUGAAGGACAAGUGACAAAGGUGCCUGUACGAGGGCUCUGUUUGAAUUGCCAGAAAAUACACCCUCCUUUCCUCACUUGAGGUAGUAACUGAUCUGUAUGGGAUUGGAGAGGUGAAACGUAGGGUCCCAAUGACACCAACCCAGUCAUCUUAUAUCUGUAAUUUCAUCUAGGAUGGAUGUAUUUGGAAAGCAUUCGAACAAGGUCUAGGAUGUUGUGGGCUGUUGGAAUACGACAACAUUGGUCAGUGGAGGCAGUUGUAUGCAGAGGGUUGCUUCCAACAAAUCUGGACUGCACUCUUUUUGGAUGUCCUCUGUGAUGUUUUCUUCCUUGACAAUUGUAUGGACACCCCAUGAUCAUGGACAUUCAUCCUACCUAGAAAAACACUUAAGCUACACAGAAUAAUACUCAUGUCUGUGUUCUUUAUCACCUUUGAAAUCAAAUGUAUUUUGUGACCCCUCAAACAACUUGCCCAUAUAUGGGUAUUUCUACACUCUUGCCACACAUUAUGUGAAAGAAAAAAUGUGAUGCCUUUUAUGUUUGAAAUAAAAUAUUUUAUGAAAAGGCUUAUUUAAAUGCUAGACUGAACCGAACACCAUGUCUAUUGGUUGACAGUUUCACUACCAGCUGACUGACACUGGUGUCCUACAUCAGUUUGUAUCAGUCACUGAGCAAAUAAUGAAUUUGAUGGUUCUUUGUGUAUUUUUAGUUUUCCAAAAUUUGGACUAACCUAUUUCUGACAUUAAUACAACCUUCAGCCUCUAAUAUUAUUUUGUGUUAUAGGUUGAUUUGCUGUAAUUUCUAUUAAAUUUGUCUGAAAGAAA